AUGUUGGAAGAAAUCAUCGCUUGUUUUUUGUCAUUGUUUUCUGCCUUAACUUUGGAUGCGCCACGACUUUCUCGAAAAAUGAAUGACAAUGCAAGUCCAUCAGACCAAUGUACACACUCUACAUGGGAGCAAACAAUUUACAGAGAGUAUGUCUCGUUUGAGGAAGAGAAUUUACCAUCAGAAACAGAGAAUGUACAACCAGGGUAUGAACUGGGAAGCGGGUCUAGUCAUGCCAAGUCAUUACUCAGAAGUCUGAAGAUGAACUUUACCAUAACCUUAGCUGUACUGCCGUUAGUACUUAUAGGGAUGGCUCUUAUAUAUUUUGAUUUAAGAACAGUGGAUUUAUGUUCUGAAUGGGAAGCUAAAAACUACACUCUUUCAUUUAAUGUUUGGAGAAUAAGAUUAAUCGGCAUAGGAGUUGAGAAAAUGCUAUUGUAUCUCUUGUUUUUCAUGACGUUGGUUGUUUUAUUUGGUUGGAACGAACUGAAGCGUCAUUAUUCCUCGACUAUCCUAGUAGGCUUUCUGGUUGGUUUAUUUAAUACAUUAUAUGUAAGUUUUUUACUCAUAUAUGGUAUUCAUGAUACUGGUCCGCUCAAAAGUUACGACGUCGUUCCACCAUUUUUAGCAUUUCCUGUGGCUCUUUUCUGGGAAUCUGCAAUUGUGAUGCGCCAUAUUCGACAAAAUCAUCCAACUGUAUCCUAUUCAAGUCGCCAUAUUUUCAUGGUUCUUGUGGUACCGUUGUUGAGCACCAAUGCACUGGCAAUCUUUUACAGAUAUGCGGUUGUUAUAUGGUUUAAUUCCUUCGAUAAUGUGUGGUAUAGAUUCAUUUUGGCCAUCUUGACGCCUACCUUAGCACUGGUGCCGACUGCUAUAUGUAGGCAUAUGGCAUUAUGGCGUACUUCAGAAAUGAUCAAACCAGAGCGAAGCUUCGU